AUGAAGUUCAAAAUCUUAUCCACACGACUUUGGACUGUGGGAGAAGAUAAAGACUUGAUCGAGGCUGUGGAGAGGUACGGCACCCACAGAUGGAAAGCUGUAGCCAGAUUUCUUGGAACAAAAACACGCAGAGAAUGCCAAUCUCGGUGGGUUAAUUGGCUCGACCCCCAAAUAAGAAGAGAUGAAUGGAGUGAAAUGGAGGAUGCAAAGCUUCGGGAGCUGUCUAGAAUAAUGUCAGCUCAGUGGCAGACUAUUUCAGAGAUUUUCAACGGCACGCCUUCCUCCUUGAAAACCCACAGUAGAAGGUAUGUUAUCAGAUCAUCAACAUCAAGCUUCACAAAAAAAGCUGGCCCACCACAGAGAAUUUGUGGCGAGCAUACAACCAACAGCCAGCUUAAAUCAGGGGAGAAGAAGGUUUUCUUGCAGCGUUCAACUCCAAGGAGCAAAAUUGAUCUCGACUUUGAUAAUUCUUUCUCCAAUUUGAAUAAACAGGAGAAAGCUGCCAUGAAGGAGAAGGAGAAGGAUAAAGCUGUAGUGAAGGAGAAUGAGAAUGAGAAAGUUGCCACGAAGGAGAAGGAGAAUGAGAAAGUAGCUGCUGCUGCUGUGGAGGAGAAGGAGAAAACUGCUGCCGUGAAGGAGGAGGAGAAAACUGCUGCCGUGAAGGACAAGGAGAAAGCUGUUGACAUGAAAUAG